AUGACAUAUAACAUCAUGCCAAGUGGUGGUUCUCCUUCGCAGGCCAAGCGAGCCUUUAAGCCGGCAAAUCUCGACCUGAAGCAACACUCGGCCUCUUCUUCUAUACGCACUAUUCCCGAGCUUAUCGAGUACAACGCCAAGGUCAAUCCAGACGCUCUUUACUGUGUGCAAGCACUCAAGCCACAGGAUGAAGGGACAGGGAGAGCUUCGCAGGUCAGCAUGCGCCAGCUCCGCGAUGCGGUCUGGCAGUGCUCUGGUGAUUUGCGAGGAUGGCUUGUCGGUAUUGACGAUUCGAGCUCAAGUAGCGCGUGCCAGACCCAUGUCAAGCCGGACCCGGUCGCAUUACUCCUGGAUAGCGAUAUAGGCCUCGUGAUUCACCUGUUUACUCUCCUGUCUCUGGGCGUGCCUGCAAUUCUGCUUUCCCCUCGCCUCAAUCCCGCCUCCAUCCAGCAUCUUCUCACGACUCUCAAGGCACAGGCUGUCAUCACGUCUCCCCGACAUGUUGGCGCCGUCAAAGCAGCUUUCGAGACAACAAGUCUCGAGUAUGGCAGGGGCGGUACCGAAAUACAAGUUGCAAGACCUUUUGAGGACUACUUGUAUGAAGUAUGGCAAGGCAAAACUAUCCCAGCUGACGUCACAAUAUGUGCGCCCCGGCACUUUCUCAGCGACUCGGACCACAACGUUGUUAUCCUGCAUACUUCCGGGACGACCGGUUUUCCGAAGCCUAUUUACCAGCCGCACAAGAUGUUGCUCGGGUAUGCGUGCUGUCACCGCCCAACUCAGACUGAGGAUGUUGAAGGACUGAAUUUGUCCAUGCUUCCACUGUACCAUGGAUUCGGCUUGGUUGUUGCGUGUCUGUCGCUCGGUACCGGAAAGCCCAUCCUUUUACCGCCACCUCAUGAGGUUCCAACGGCGCGGUCAUCGGUGACUCUCCUGCACAGCUUCAAGCCCAGGUCUUUCACGACGGUGCCAUGCAUUCUGGAGGAGAUCUCAAAGCUCCCAGACGAAGAAGGCAUAGCGCAUCUCACCACUUUGCAAUAUGUAGCAUGUGGCGGAGGGCCACUCAGUAUCGCCGUAGGAGACCAGCUGGUCGACAAAGGAAUCAGGCUUCUGAACCACUUCGGAUCUACCGAGAGCGGUCCCCUCAGCCCCUUUAUGGUCCCACAAAAGGCCUAUAACUGGCACUAUUGGCCUCUGAGAAGUGACCUGGACGUCAGAAUUGAAUCCAACGGGACUGACGAAGUCAGUGGACAACAGCUCUAUCAGCUUUCUGUCACGCCGUUCGGAUGGAGCGAGCCUUUUGAACUCCAAGACCGUUUCGAGAAGGACCCUGAGUCCGGAACACCAGCGUUUCGAGCAGUCGGUCGGCAGGGUGACCUGCUCGUUUUGGUCAACGGACUGAAAGUGCAACCGAAGAUUCUCGAGUCUCAGGUCGCCAACAGCAAUUUCGUCAGAGCUGCGCUGGCUUUCGGAGAUGGGGAGUCUGAGAUUGGGUUGAUCAUUGAGCCGGCUGAGCCACUGACAGACGUCCAGAAGUUUAAGCGAGUAAUAUGGCCGAUCGUUCAAGAGGCCUGUCGGCAAAUGGACAGCCAUGCUCAGGUUUCUUCCAUGGAAAGUGUUGUGGUGCUGGGCCCAGGGGAGACACUGCCGAGGUCUGACAAGGGCUCUGUGCUGCGAAAAGAAGCAUACCGUCGGUAUGAAAAAGAAGUCCGGCGGGUUUACAGCAGCAAAUCUCUCGAAGAGGGCUCAGCAACGGUCUCGAACCCCACGACAGACCGUCUCGAAGACACACUCACUGCGUUAGUCAGAGAGGAGUUGCAAAUUCCUCAAUCCUUAGGGCCCGAUGAUGAUUUCUUCGAAUAUGGCGUCAACUCGCUGCAGGUGGUUCGUAUCCAGAGACGCAUCAUUGGCAUCGUGAAAGAGAGCCAAGAUCUCUUGCCUAAAGCUAAAAUCACAGCCGACUUUGUCUACAGACACACUUCCAUAAAUAAGCUUUGUGCGGCCCUGAAGAAAGAUACCUCACCCGCCAAGGACGAUGACCUAGUUCACGAAUACGUGUCGCGCUUCAGUCUACCAGGAAAGGAAAACAAGCAUACUGUGCUCCUAACCGGAAGCUCUGGAAGCCUUGGCUCGUAUCUUCUAUCACACCUGAUAUCUCUCCCGCAGGUGUCAGAAGUUGUCUGCUUCAUGCGCACCUCCAGCGAGCGUGAUGUAGACACCAGCACCCUGGUCGAGCAGCAAAUCGAAGCCGCGGAGAAGAAGGGCGCAGUGAUACCAUCGAGUUUGAGGACUAAAGUUGCUUUUGCCAAAGGCGACCCAUCUGCGACACGACUCGGCCUGCCUGGCGGCGCCUACGAAGGAUUGUGCAGCAAGGUCACCCACAUCCUGCACGCAGCCUGGCCUGUGGACUUUCAGCGGCCCCUGGAGUCCUUCAAGAGCCAGUUUUCCUUUCUCCAAAACCUCCUUCAGCUGGCCCGGGGUGCUCAUAUCAGCCAGCCCCUUGUCAAGCCCCGGCUGCUCUUUGUGUCGUCGAUCGCAGCCGUGGGCGAGUAUCCUACAGUCCGCGGCAGCCACGUCGUACCCGAGGAAGUCAUCACGGACCCACUCUGCACUAGCAGUCUCGGCUACGGCAAGGCUAAACUAGUAUGCGAGCGUGUUCUCGCAAAAGCCGCCGAAGACUGGUCCGCAGAGAUGGAGGUGAGCUAUGUUAGGACGGGACAGCUGUCUGGGUCCGAGAGCAGUGGAUACUGGAACGCGAAGGAGCAUAUCCCCGCGCUGAUCAAGAUAUCGCACGAGACUGGUGUAUUCCCGCUGUUGCAUGGGACCCUGUCAUGGCUGCCAGUCAACGUCGCGGCCGCAGCCAUGGCCGACUUGCUUUUGUCUCCGAACCCUGUCAACCUGGCUUAUCACGUGGAGAAUCCUGUCCGACAAGACUGGACGGCUGUCAUGACCGCAAUCGCGAAUGAGCUUGGACAUCCCGCGUCGUGUCUUGUCGAGUUUGAAGAGUGGACGAGGCUCGUGGGCCAGAAGACCUCUGCAAACCGCGAUUUCGGCACCGAAGCCUUGAUGGACUUCCUGCUCAAAGACUUCCAGCGCAUGUCAGCUGGAGGAAUUGUUCUGGAUACAUCAAGGGCCCGGGAAGUCUCAACGACCCUGCGGAAUGCGGACGCUGUCUCGGUGGAAACCAUUGCUAAGUAUGUCAAAGCCUGGAAGACAUCUGGCCUGCUUCUGUAG